CACCUUUUGGCUCUUCAUACCUUAAAGAAAAAAAAAUUUCUUCUCAUCUUUAAUUUUAAUUUCAGUUCAGAAAUGGAAAAUGGUAGUUUGAGCUCCACGAAUAAACCGGCGAUUAUGGUGACCAACGACGACGGGAUCAACGCGCCGGGUUUGCGAGCUCUAGUUCAUGCUCUUGUCUCCACUGAUCUCUAUGUUGUUCAAGUUUGCGCCCCCGACUCAAAUAAGUCUGCUGUUAGUCACUCUAUUACUUAUCGUCAUCCUCUUGUGGUCAAGCAAGUGGAAAUCCAAGGAGCAACAGCGUUUGCAGUUUCCGGAACCCCGGCUGAUUGUGCUUCUUUAGGAGUUUCCAAAGCUCUAUUCCCUUCAAUUCCAGAUUUGGUAGUCAGUGGCAUAAACGAGGGCAGUAACCUCGGAUGUAACAUCGUAUAUUCUGGCACGGUAGCUGGUGCUCGGGAGGCAUUUCUUGAUGGUAUACCUUCUGUAUCCCUGUCUCACGAUUGGAUUCCGGGUAAGAGCCAUGUCGAUGACUUCACACACUCUGCUAAGGCUUGCUUGCCUAUCCUAAGCGCAAUAUUGACGGAUAUCAAGAAUCAAACUUAUAAGCAUGAAUGUUUUCUUAAUGUAGCUUUUCCAACUGAUAUUGCAAUCUGUAAGGGGUACAAGUUGACUAAGCAAGGAAAAACUAAAGCAAGACUAGGAUGGAGGCAAGUUACUUCAGAGAUAGAACGAGCAAAUCUGCUAUCAUCGUCUCCGGAAGAAAAUUAUAUACCAACAAAACAUCUAGUAUUCCGUAAAGAAAUGAAGAGUCUUCAAGCUGAUGAUGAUGAGGAUGAUGACACAGACAAGAAGGCUUUAAGAGAAGGAUACAUUACUUUGACUCCUCUUGGUGCACUCUCUCGAGCUGAUGGAGGUUGCCAUGCAUACUUCAAGAAUUGGCUCCCAAAUUGCAGCUGACCACACUUCUCUUAUCGUCAUAAGUCAUGUAGGAGAAAAAACUGUCUGAGAAAUAGCAGCAUUAUUCUUUACGUCGCUCUUUGCAUUCAUUGUUUACAAUUCUCUGAUAGUGGAGUUCAUGUGUUUCGUUGUUUACAAUUCUCUAAUAGUAGAGUUCAUGUGUCAAACAGCGAAUACAGAGAGUGACAGAAAGAGUGACGCUAGCAUUUUUCAAAACUGUUUUCUCUUAGUGGCAUGUCCUCCUUGUGCUAGGUCAAUUAUCUUUUGUGAUGGUUUCCACCUUGGCCAAUAUUUGGUUCCGCGGAACAUUUCUCUGUAGUUUCGAUGUUAUUUCAUGUCCAUUAGGUGAGAAUAAAAUAAAAUGUGCUUUUGUUACAAAGAAUAUCAAUAUGACAUGAGGAU